GGGAUGCCUUCUGACAUGCCAUGGAAAAACGUGGACAGACAUGUGGGAACGAAGAUUUGAAUAUCUAUAACAGCUCAUCUUACAUAGAAAUAAUACGAUUUAUACUAUUUUUUAGUCGAGAUCGUUCUUGCAUAUAAAUAAAGGUCUGAGUUGAUGCUCUCUCUUGUAUAUUAAAAUCGUCCUUGCCCCAUUUCUCUCCACCGUUAUCCAUGGCAUUUGAGAAGGUAUUCCUCAAAUUUGACAUGAAAGAAGUUGUACUAGUCAAACCAUCAAAACCCACACCUUCUUCUAUUCUUUCUAUGUCAACAUUUGACAAUGAACCCGCCCAUUAUAGUCUUUGUCAAACGGUUCAUGUAUAUAGAUCAGCAAAUCAUGAUACCCCUCAUGGCCAAGUUCUAGACCCUGUUCAUGUGAUCAAAGAAGCACUCGCCAAGGUUUUGCUUUAUUAUUAUCCUCUUGCAGGUAGGCUAGUGAAACACGUUGAUGGAAAACUUAGAGUCAACUGCAAUGCAGACGGUGUUCCAUUCUUGGAGGCAAUUGCUAACUGCGACCUUACUUCUCUUCAUUACUUGGAUGGCACUGACACAAAAACUGCGAAAAACUUGGUGCUUGAUCUUCCUCAUUCUCAAGACGAAAAUGGCUACCAACAUCCCUUAGUGCUCCAGGUAACUAAAUUUCUAUGUGGGGGUUUCACAAUUGGAAUGGGGGCGUCACACGCUAUUUGUGAUGGCUAUGGAGCAUCUCAAUUCUUCAGAGCCUUAGCUGAACUUGCAAGUGGAAAAAGUGAGCCCUCUGUGAAACCUGUGUGGGAUAGAGAGAGACUAGUUGGAACAAUAACAAAGCAACCAUUGCAAAGCCCCAUGGAUGAGGCUUGUGCUGCAGUUUCGCCGUUUCUGCCAACAACAGUUCUUAUGCAUGAAUGCUCUAAAGUGGACAGUGAGAGCAUAAGAAGACUCAAGAUGAGUAUGAAGAACGAAAGCUUCACAACUUUUGAAUCACUUGCUGCCUAUGUGUGGAGGUCAAGAGCCAGAGCCUUAAAACUGAGCUAUGAUGGGAAAACUAUGUUAAACAUCAUAGUGGGAGUGAGACAGCACUUGCUGGAUUCUCCUUUGCCUUAUGGCUAUUAUGGGAAUGCUAUCGUGGAUGCAAAUGUUGUGCUAACAGUGAGGGAACUCAACGAACGACCACUAUCAGAGAUUGUGAAGCUCAUCAAGGAGACCAAAAAUGCUGCUUUUACCACUGAUUAUAUCAGAAACACAAUCAACACUUUGGAGACGAAACAAGUGGAUCAUAACAUGGAAGGUAUCGGUGCACUCAUGACUUUGACUGAGUGGAAGCAUUUGGGUUUCUUGGAAAAGGUAGAUUUUGGAUGGAAGGAACCUAUAAAUAUAAUACCCGCCCCAUGCAACAUGUUUGAGUCCGUGGAUUUGUGCAUUUUCGCAUCUCCUAAUAACUUUGAUCCAUCAAUGAAAGGAGGAGUUAGGAUUUUCUCAUCCCUCCCUAUUGCUGCCAUGCCAAAGUUCAGAGAGGAGAUGGAAGCUCUCAGGUUAAUUAAACCCUAGCUAGGAAGGUAAAUCAAAGAGGA